GAGAACACUCACAGACUGACCCUGUCCAUGAGCCCAGAUGAGGCCUACUUGGAGAAACAGGCCAAGGCUGAGGAGGAGAUGCUCCAGAAGAAGAUCCAGGCUCUGUCUGACAGUGACAGAAAAGAUAUCUAUGAGAAAGGUCUGGAGCUGCUGGCUGCUCAGAGUAAAUCCCAGGAUGCCUCCUGUUUGCCUGCACUCAAAAUGUCUGACAUCGAGCCCACGAUACCCAUCACUCCUGUUCAAAUCAGCACUGCAGGAGGCGUACCAGUUCAGUACUGCGAGCAGCCCACCAACGGCUUGGUUUACUUCAGAGCCAUGUGUAGUCUCAACACCCUGCCAGAGGACCUCCAGCGUUAUGUCCCGCUCUUCUGCAGUGUCAUCACCAA